AUGUCGCACAGCCAGGACCACUUGGCCUAUGGCCAGUACAACCCCGACGCCUCUCGCGGAGAAGGUGAGAGCAUGAGAGGCCUUGUUGGCGACACCUUCAAGAAGCUACGUGAAACAUACAAGACCCAUCAGGGCCAACAGGGCGGCCAGGGGCAGCCGGCGAACCCGGGGUACCAGCAGAGCGCCUCGCAAAACUACACCUACGGAUCUGCCAGCCAACCCUCGAACCCUCCGUACCAAGAUCCCCAAGCUCAGUUGCAGAACAAACCUCCCAAGCAAGAUAAACUUUCCGGCUUGUUUGGGAAGCUCCAGGGCACGGUUGCGGAUCUCGGUUCUGAUGUCGCUCAGCGUUUGGGUACUGCUCUCGACCCACAAGCUUAUGCGCAGUACGGUCAGCCUACCAAACCGCAAGCCGAGAAUCGCUUCGGGAGCUUUGCGCCGGACCGACAGGGGAAUGACGUGAAAUGGUACGUGGACGGCUGCUCUUAUUUCUAUGCGGUGUCCAAGGCGCUGGAAAACGCCCGCGAGUCCAUCUGGAUCUUGGAUUGGUGGUUAUCCCCGGAGUUGUACUUGCGGCGUCCCCCUGCGAAGAAUGAACAGUACCGUCUGGAUCGCAUGUUGCAGGCCGCCGCCCAGCGGGGUGUCAAGGUCAAUAUUAUUGUGUACAAGGAGGUCACGCAGGCAUUGACCCUCUCCUCUCACCACACUAAGCACCACUUGGAAGACAUGCACCCUAACAUCGCCGUCUUCCGUCACCCGGAUCAUCUCCCCGACCGCCAGGAGCUGACAGCUUCGAUCACGUCCACCCUUGAGAACAUGUCCUUGGAUGCGAAAAGCCUUGCCAAGAUGUCCGGUGAUGCGUUGAAGGGCAUCUACGGAAUGCAUGAAGACGUGAUCCUCUAUUGGGCCCAUCACGAAAAGCUCUGCGUCAUUGAUGGACGCAUCGCUUUCAUGGGAGGAUUGGACAUGUGCUUCGGGCGUUGGGACACCAACCAGCAUGCCUUGGCCGAUGUCCACGGUGAGAAUCUGAACGAGAUCAUCUUCCCGGGCCAGGACUACAACAACGCCCGUGUCCUCGAUUUCAAGGAUGUUGCUCACUGGGAGCAGAACCCCUUGGACCGUAAGAAGUCUUCUCGCAUGGGCUGGUCAGAUAUCUCCGUCAGUUUGCACGGACCGGUCGUUGAGGAUCUGCGCCACCACUUCGUUGAGCGCUGGAACUUCAUCUACGACUCCAAGUACCAGUCGCGUAACGACUCGCGUUACACCAGACUUGUCUUGUACGGUCGACCCAGCUCGUCCACGAGCCAGCAACACGGCGGUCCCCCUGGUGCCUACCAGCAGCAUCCGCCGUCUCAGCAGUCUGGAGUUCACCAGGCAGCUCCUUCGCCGUCCACGCCCCAGGGACAUCAGCCCUACCAGCCCUCUCCCUCAACCCCAUCCUCAACUGCAGGCGCCCAGCAACAGCAGUACACUUACACUGGUCAAUCCUUCCCGCCGCCGCCCCCUGGACCACCUCCCUCUCAAGGCCAAGUGCAGGUAUCUCCCCAAGCACAGACCCAAGGACAAGGCCAAACCCCGUAUUUCCCUCCUCCCCCAACCCAGGCAGCUCAGGGGCAGCACUCUCAGACCCGCGGCGUGGAGCACGAAUAUGAAGGUUCGCGCGGAUUCGGCGAUUCUGACCGUGGCUUUGUUCCGCGUCGGUUCCGCGAGGAUAUCACCCACUAUGGCAACAACCUGCGCGGACAACUGGCUGGCCAGAUCCACCAGUAUCAGGAUCGUCUGACGACGACCCUCGGGCAGAGCCAGGGCCGGCACACCCAGCCCCGCGGCAACAUGACGUGCCAGAUCGUGCGCAGCUGCGCGAAAUGGAGCAACGGUACGCCCAAGGAGCACUCUAUCGCGGACGCCUACGCUGCCAUCAUCCGCAACAGCGAGCACUUCAUCUACAUCGAGAACCAGUUCUUCAUCACAGCCACCGGCGACUCGCAGAAGCCGGUCCAGAACAAGAUCGGUGCUGCGAUUGUUGAACGUAUCCUACGCGCCGCCCGUGCCGGCGAGAAGUACAAGGUCGUCGUGGUGAUCCCUUCGGUGCCCUGCUUUGCGGGCGACCUAGCCGACGAGUCCACGCUGGGCACCCGCGCCAUCAUGGAGUUCCAGUACAACUCCAUCAACCGUGGCGGCAACAGCAUCAUGGAACUCAUCGCCAAGGAAGGCUUCAACCCGAUGGACUACAUCCGGUUCUACAACCUCCGCAACUAUGACCGCAUCAACGCCACCGGCGCCAUGACCGCCGCUGAACAGCGCAGCGGCGUCAACUACGAGGACGCGCGCAAGCAGCACGACGUGACCACCGCCGGGCCCGGCGGCUACGGACCGGGCGCCCCCCGCAUGGCCUUCGACACCACCGCGCCCUUCCAGCAAUACCAGCAGGCCGCGCACCAAGUCUCGUCGCCGAAGUCCGGCCGCUGGAACAGUGUCAGCGAGUGCUACAUGCUCAACGGCGCGGACAUUCGCAACGUGCCGUGGGACGGCCCCGCAGAGACCGAGAUCGACGCCUUCGUGACCGAGGAGCUGUACGUGCACUCGAAGGUGAUGGUGGCCGACGACCGCGUGGUGAUCUGCGGAUCAGCGAACCUGAACGACCGCUCGCAGCUCGGCGACCACGACUCCGAGAUCGCCAUCAUCAUCGAGGACCACACGCCCGUGCAGUCGACGAUGAACGGCAAGCCGUGGACCGCGAGCCGCUUCGCCGCGUCCCUGCGGCGCCAGCUCUUCCGCAAGCACCUGGGUCUUCUUCCCCCGCAGGACCCGCAGCGCCCAGACGCAAACUCCGAGCCUAUCGGCGUCUGCCCUAACCAGUUCGACUUUGACGCGCCCGAGAGCCAGCUGGUCGCCGACCCGCUCGCGGACACGCUGCACAGCCUGUGGAACACGCGCGCGCGCACCAACACCGAGGUCUUCCGCAAGGUGUUCCACUCGGUGCCGGACGACACGGUGCGCGACUGGGCGUCGUACAAGGAGUUCUAUGGGUACUAUUUCAACAAGGCCGAUAAGCAGGCGUACGGCGAGGCCAAGGAGGACCCGCCCUCGCGGUACGCGUAUGGGCACGUCGUGCGGGAUGACUUCUCGCCGGGCGUCGAGGGCGUCAAGGAGGUCAAGGAGUUGCUGAGUAAGGUUAAGGGAACGCUCGUGGAGAUGCCGCUCAUGUUCCUGAUCGAGGAGGAUGUGGCGGAGGAGGGGGUCAUGCUUAACGAUCUGACGAUGCCGAUCUACACUUGA